AUGCUACCGCCGUCCGUGGAUGCCUUCGAAGGCAAACCUGGGCUGCUUGGGCGAGCCACCACCUUGCUAGUGGGCGCUCCGACCGCCCUGCGGGACAUGUCCAAGGAUAUCGACGCUACCUUCCUCCUAGAGAAGGGUGUUACGGUGGGGCAAGAACCCGCCUCUGGCCUCAGGGAAGCGGCGUUUGUGGGCACGAUCCAGCCCAGCAAGGAGUGGGUCUUCGAGGCAAUCGACGAGAGGAGUCCCGUGCCCUUGUGCGAGGAGCCUGGAGCGUGCGUGGUGGCGACCUUGUCGUCCAUGACACCGGUCGACCUCACCCAGAUGGUCGAACGCGCUUUUUUGGCCGAGGCUAACAUUGUCCGGCAGGUAUUCCAACUGCACCGCAUCGUGCGCGAGUGCGAAGCCGAGCAGGAUUCGAUGGUGAACGUUGCGGACGACAAGAAGCACUUCGGGUUCUGGGGCCUCAUGGUCUUGGUCCAGAAGGCAGGGUGGCGUUCGUGGAACUACAGCGUGCCUGCUGCCAUGCCUUUCAGGCUCACCGAUCAUGUCCCUUCGUCGGUGAAGGUCACAGAGCUACUUUUCUUCGCCCAUCAGAGAGCGUCCAGUUUCCCGAUGGCCAGCUGGCCUAGAUUCUGUUCGAUGACGGCGCUGUGCGUCGCCUUUGCUUCUUCUGGCUGUUGCUCACCCUCUGCCGGCAUGGAGAGCCAACUUGAGGAGGAGAGGGCGAAAUGGCAGAGGGAGGCAGAAAUUGCCACCGCCGCUGCCGUCGCCACGUGUCAGACGAAGGUGCAGCUGUUUUUCCAGAGCCAGCCCCAGGAGGAGAGGCGGAAGGCCAAGCUGUCGAUGAAGAAGGCCGUCGAGGACUCCAAAAAGGAGGCGCUGCUCGCCUUCGGGCAGAUGGUCCGGGAGAACCGUGAGGCCAAGGACGGCAAGUGGCAGAAGAAGCUCGACGGCGUCGAGGAUAGGCUUCUGGGUCGCGUGAAGGACGAGCUUGGUGACACGCCUGCCACCAUCGCCUCCGUCCGCGCAGACGUCCUUCAGCUGACGAAGCAAGCUGCCUGCAUGCAUGCUGCCAUGGAGAAGGCGGUGAUGGACGAGAUACUCCGCUCCGGCACCGAGCAGCUGGAGAUGGGGCAGGCCAAGCUUCGUGAGGAGAUGGCCAGAUUCCAGCAGGAGACCGAGGAGGCUAUGGGGAACCUCACGGCCAAGCUGUACAACGUCAAGGAGAACACCGACGCCCUCGGAUCUGGCCUCCUGACGGUUCAGAACAUCGUCAUGAAAACUAAUGGGCGCAGGAUCAAGAAGGUCCUGUACAGGAUGGAGGAGAGAGCGGAGGAGUCCAGCAGGGUGUGGGGCGAGGGACCCAAGCUAGGCCCACACUUCGCCCAUUGGAAGGCCACCAAGAAGCAACUCAAGGAAGACGGGGGGGGCGACGACGACGAGGGCGAGGAGCACGCGGGCGGGAACCUCUCGGGGCCGCCUCAGGAAGAGGGGGAGCAGAAGGAACAGGCGGGCGGAAACCUCUCGAGGCCGCCCCAGGGGGCGGGGGAGCAGAAGGAGGAGGCGGGCGGCAAACCCUCAGGGCCUCCGCAGGAGGACGGGGAGAGGAAGGAGGGGGAGGAGGAGGACAAGCGCUGA